UUAUCAAAAAGUUUUCAUUCUCCCUCCCAACCAAAAUUAUUUCAGAUCUAUCCAUAUUCUUUCUCUCUCCCUCCUCUUCCAUUCACUUCUCUCUCCCUCCUUUUCUAUUCACUUCUCUCUCCCUCCUCUUCUAUUCUUCAUGGCCAUUAUCAAGCUUCCUAACCUCCCACCAGAUCUGCUCGUUGUGCUCUGUCUCUAUGAAAGUGAGCCUCCUCGACUAUUCCCUUCAUCGAUCGCUUAGGAUGAAAAAUCUCUUGCCGCCCUAAUUGAUACUCUAAAGGACUCCUCCACUCCACCCUCUUCAGCUCCUCUGACAAAAUCGAACAGGCAGAAUUUUCAAUAUGCAAAAGCUCCAAACAACGCUCCACAGGCUUUGCUUGUUUUGUGGUCAAAUCGACCAAGAUCCUCUCUCCCUAAUUGUUUCUUCAUGUUCUUGAUUUUUUUCCUUAACUUUCUAAACCUUUUCUGGUGCUCUUGCUAGUGUGAUUGUUGAGGCUAUGAAAGUUGUCAGCUUGCAGAGGCUCUGCUCCUCUCUGAAACCUAUUCACCGUCGAGUUGUUUAACAGCUAGAGAGCGAGAAACUUUGAAAUUAUUAGCCGUCUACGACGAAGAAGAUGACCGGAGGAGGCAGAUACGGCGGCGCAUCAGGUAAACUCGUACGCUCAUCAAUGAAGAGAGAAGAGCGUCAAGGCAGAUCUGGGAUACCACCGGUUAAUAAAGUUCUAUGCGAGGUGCAGAGGCUAAAGCUGCUUGCCCUGAGAUGCAGUUGGUUCAAGUUCCUGUUUCUCGUGCAGGGAAGCUACGGGAACAAUCAAAGUAGAGAGAGCAAACUGUUAAAAGGUCCUUCUCAGAUACAGAGCAACACAUUGGCUGCUUUGGAAGCCAUUGAUGUUCCCGUUGCUGAAGAAGUUAUGGACGCUGGCUGUAUCAUCGGUGAUCGGAUUAACGGUCUUGUCGACGGUGUCUCUGGUGCUUGGUUUAUCAAGUUUGAUACUUUCACUCCUGCGGUGUCACGAGGACUUCCUGUGACUCGGGUGAUAUUGUUUUUGGUGUAUAGGUUAGGACUAACUUGUUUGGUAGAAGUGAAGCUACUUACUCAGGCUACACUUGUUAUAGUGGCAUUGCAGAUUUUGUACCGGCUGUUAUUGAGUCUGUUGGGUAUGUUGUAUUCAAAGCAAAACUUCAAAAAAAUGACGUUUUUUUCUUAAAAGAGGGGACUUAGUGUUUUUGUCUUGUAUAGUCAACUCCUAACGUUUAUUCUGAUUGAUUCUUUUAAAUAAUCUUAAUAAAAUCUCUAUUUAGGAAUCUUUUUA